GGGGCUGCGGCGGGCGGGAGCCCCACGGGGAGCUGCUGCCCACGGGCACGCCGGGACACCGGGUGGCCAAAGCCACCCCACGCCAGGACACCAGCGGUGAGCCUCGAGCCCGGCACACGCUGUGACACAGGGUGACCAAAGCCACCCCACAGCACGUGCGGUGACACCGGCUGACAAAGCUGCCCUGUGCCGUGACACCGGGUGACAAGGCCACCCCAUCGCAAGGGCUGUGGCACCAGGUAACGAUGCCGCCCUGUGCCGUGACAGCAGGUGACAGUGCAGCCCUGCGACAUGAUAUUGGGUGACAAAGCCACCCCUUAGCACGUGCCGUGACACCCGGUGACCAAAGCCACUGUGCUGUGACACGGGGCCAGCGACUAGCCCGGCACAUGCCGUGAGACACCGGCUAACCGAAGCCAACCCCGUGUCCCCAGCCCGACGUGCCAGGGGCGCUGGACAUGCCUCUGCCCCGUCCCCAGCUCGCACGUGACACCGUGGGGCAGAGCGUGGCCAUGUGGGGCGUGGGGUGGCCCCUGCCGCCGCUGCUGCUGGCACUGGUGCUGCUGUCCCCGUGGGGGUGGGCUGACGGGAGCUGCCCCCCGCGCUGCAUCUGCGCCUCCAACAUCCUGAGCUGCUCGCAGGCGGUGCUGAGCUCGGUGCCCAGCCCCCUGCCCCGCUUCACCGCCGUCCUCGACCUCAGCCACAACAACGUCAGCCGCCUGCGCGCCGACUGGGCCCCGGGGCGCCUGGCCCACCUCCACGCCCUGCUGCUCAGCCACAACGGCCUCUCCUUCGUGUCCACCGAAGCCUUCGCCCACGUCCCCCACCUCCGUCACCUGGACCUGUCCUCGAACCGCCUGCGGGCGCUGGAGGAGAAUCUCUUCAGCGACCUCACGGAGCUGGAGGUGCUUCUCCUGUACAACAACGAGAUCUCUGUGGUGGAUCGCACGGCUUUCGACAACCUCGGCCGCCUCCGCAAGCUCUACCUGGGCCAAAACCGCAUCUCCCGCUUCCCUCUGGAGCUGCUGCGCGACGGCAGCCGCCUGCCCCAGCUCGCCCUCCUCGAUCUGUCGGCCAACCGGCUGCGCAGCGUGCCCGUGGGCGAGCUGCAGGCGCUGCCCGCCUGGCUGCGCGACCGCCUCUACCUGCACGCCAACCCGCUGGCCUGCGACUGCCAGCUCUUCCAGCUGGUGGCCCGCGGCCGCCGCCGCCGCCUCAGCGCCGUGAUGGAUUUCCAAGAGGAGCUCCGGUGCUCGCUGCCUCCCGCCUCAACCCCCGUCGCCAUCCUCGCCUUGGCCGGCCGGCAGCCGCUCAACUGCAGCGAGGCGAGGGAAGCGGUGCUGGAAGCUCACCUGGGCGACACCGUCACCCUCAGCUGCGACACGCGGCUGCGGGGGGUGCGGAGCCGGCACUGGGUGACGCCGGGAGGCGAGAGGGUGCUGGAGGAAACGGGCAACGGCAGCGCCGCUCUCCUGGCUAACGGGAGCCUGCAGCUCCGAGCCCUGCGGCCCGACGACGCCGGCACCUACGCCUGCUGGGUGGCGGGUCCCCUCCUCAACGAGACCCUUUACGUGGAGCUGCUCGUACACAACGUCACCCUGCACGGGCCCCACGACACCCUCAACACCGCCUACACCACGCUGGUGGGCUGUAUCCUCAGCGUCGUGCUGGUCCUCAUCUACCUGUACCUCACCCCGUGUCGCUGCUGCUGCUGCCGUGGCGCUGACAAAGCGCCGGCACCCCGAGACGACAGCAUCAACUCCUCAGUGCUCAGCACCACCCCCAACCACGCCGCCACCGUGCCGGGGGAGCCAUGUCGGUCCCGCUCGGCCUCCAGCUCCGGGCCUGGGCAGAACGGCAGGUUCAAGGUGGGGGGGACCCCCCAAGCGCCCCCCCGGCAUGGCCCCAAGGCCCAGCGGAAGGUGUCAGAUCCGGACUCGGUCAGUUCCGUCUUCUCCGACACCCCCAUCGUGGUGUAGGGGACACACACGUUGUCCCCAGGGCCACCCUGUGUCCCUGAUGCUGCUGAGACUUGUCCCCGAUGGAUGUGCUGCAGGAGGGACAGGUGGGACCCUCAUUGCUGUGUCCUCAGCUUGAGGAAGGGGGGACGUGUCAUUGCCACCCACCCUGACCAGAGCAUCGCUGCUGCCCCCACACCGGCCUCUGCCAAGGUCACCGCAGGACCACGAGGGACAAAGGGGCUUCUGUGGGACCAACGUGGCUUCAGAACUGAGGGACACUGGCCCCAUUGCCAGGACCAUGGGUGACAAUGCCAGGGCCAGCUCAGUGCCCCCUGCCAGGGAUGGCAGCACUGGGGGGGUCCCUGCUUUGGCAGUGCAGCCACCCCCUCCCCAUGGUGUCAGCUCCCCCCACCCCGGCAUGUGUGUGGCACAGCAUGAGUCCUGCCAGGGAGCAUGUGCCACAGCAUAGGGGGGACACUGGGGGCAUCUCGCCCCCUCAGGACCCCCUCGUCACUCAACACCCUCCUGCUCCUCUCCAGCUGCAAGCAGAGCCCCCCACCCUGCAGGGAGCAGGACCCUGGGGGUCCCAGCUCCCCAAAUGGGGGGUCCUCCCCCAGCCACUCCCCAGCCCUGUGCCCUCGUAGACCAGGCUGUGCCCCCUGUGUGUGUGUCCCCUGGGCUGUGUGUCCCCCCCACCCCCCCUGCUGAUGCCUUGGCCAAAAUAAACGUGUCUCCCCAUCGUG